UAGUGUUUGCGACUUGACAGUUUUAAUAUGAAAAAAAUUCAUUCAUGCACGUUACAAAAUAUAUCAGAUUUUAGUCAGUUGAAGAGCCUAUUAUGAAACGGCCGGUUAUGUCUUUGCUCGCGGACGAUUCGCAUACAAUUCGUCGAACCUUUGUUUCUUGAGUGACGAUAUUGAGAUAUGGUGUCUUAAUUGUCUACAAAAUUCUAAUCAAAAUCGAGUUUAUAAUCAAAAACAAAAUUUAGAAUUUAAUAUUCGACGACUGUGAAUGAAAUUGUGAUAUAAUCGUUGGUCAAUAUAGGAUUGGUUGGUUGUUGUUUAAACGCUUAAUAAGCAUACCAGUCUCAGAUAUAUUAUUUGAAUUUUAACAUUUUGUUUAUUUAUUUUACUGGUUCCGCGAACCGCGAGUCUUAUGAACGGUUUUUUUUUUAUUUAUCUUUUUCCAAAGUACCCGAAUAACAAAAUACAUUCAGUGUCGUGGGUGAGGCAGCAACAAAAUAUACUUUCAGUCUUUUAUACAGUACAUAUCUUGCGACUAUAUGUUGCCAUAGUGCUUAGUAACACAUACAGGGUGUUUUUAGAGUAACCAUGGUCUAAGCAUUGAUUUUUAAAUAUUUGAAUAUUCCUUUCAUUACCAAUGUCCUUUCGACAAACGAAUGCAUACUGGUAACGGUUCCAAAUUUUUGAUUGAUUUAAGAGAGCCCCCUGUAUCCAUGCCCAAUGAUAACACAUGAAGUUGUUAAAUCAAUGUUUCAAAUUAUAUCAUCAAGUUCAGUGUGUUACAUUGUAUACUAACCAUAGGAUAAUAUAACGUUUAGUGUUAAAUCGAUAAAAGGAUAUCGUGCGACUGGUGCUUUGUGUAACGAAUGGUUAUUGUGUGUUUAUCUAUAAAAAACAUAGUCUGAACCAUGGUGAAAUAUGAGUAUGAACAAGAAUAAUACGUACUAAGUUUGCACGAACCAUUUUUUUUUAUUAUUAGUUGACUCUCAAAGGCAAAAAAAUUUAUAUUCCAAGUGAUGAUCUAAUCCAGCAGACUCAAGUUGGCGAAAUAUUCAAAUGUCGCACAAAAUAUUUGCCAAACAAAAAAAUUGCUUUUAUGGUGCCUGCAUUUACAUGUGAAUAAGUGAUUUUGUGACUUUGUGAUUUGAAUAAAUUGCAGAAAAACCUGAUUAUGGAUACCUGUGAUUCGCCGAUCGAAGAGAUCAUCAUUGAUUAUCUACCUGAGCAAGAUGCUCAAGAUGAAGACCUGCAUUCCUGUCCAAUAUGUAAUCGGAAAUUUCGAUCCGACGUCUACCAAAAACAUGUUUCAAUUUGCGAAAAAACUGCGGCGAAGAAGCGAAAGACAUUCGACUCUUCGCGACAACGUCGUGAAGGGACAGACAUGGCAUUAUACUUGCCGAAAAAUUUUGGCCUUCCAGAACCUAAAGAGAUAAAAAGUCCGAUAGCAGUCAAAGAGCACACUCCCCCAGCAAAGGCCAGAGUAGAACCCACGCCAUUUAAGCGUGAUCCAAUUCGACAAUCGAAACGAACCGCACAGCCCGUAUCAGAACAGUGUCCACAUUGUGACCGGUGUUUCGGUGUGAAAGCUUUUGAUCGACAUGUCGAAUGGUGCGAAAAGAAAGCUCGGCUCAAUAUCCAUUCGACACCGAAAUCCGUCAAUGUUGCUAAAGAAAAACUUGAAGCUCGAACCAAAUAUAAACCGCCAUCGCUGAAAAACAAACGUGAUUUAAAUCGUGAAAAAUACUCAGGAGAAUUAAGUUGUGGCACAUCAAUGAAUAGCAUUUUAUCGGAUUCAUUUUCGAUUGGGAAGCGAUCUAAGUCGAAUUCAGUUGAACGAGAAAGAAAAUCGAGUGUGGCAUCGAUGACGUCUUCAAUUACGAGUGAUUGCGGAUACGAUCCGUUCAUCUCAGCCAAACGACAAUUGGAAGAGCUCUUUUCGCCAACUCAUCCGAAUAGUUCGACAACAUCAACUUCGAAUAAAAGCAGCACAAUGUCCUCAUCGCUAACCCUUAAAUCUCCCUUAAAUUCCUCCAAUUCCGUAACUCCAAUCAAAUCCACCUUCCGCCGUACCUCUUCCUUACGAGUACCGAAAAAAACUCCGAAGCCUCUACUCUACAUACCAACAUACAAACCAACAACAACUAUUCAGCGCGGAAUUUCCGACGAAGGUCCGAUUUCGUCGAACUUUUUAAAACCAGAAGAGUACGAUGAACUUCCGGUCAAGGGCCACGCGAAUCAUACACCUCCUGAUAUAAUACCAAGGCCAGUGUCUCGAUCAUCUUCUAGAUCAAGGGAAUCAUCACCGGUUGUGGUUGUGAAAAGGGACCAGAACGCCAACAUAAAUCGGCGAAACUUAAAACUGGAAAUAGUAAAGCCUAACAGUCCGUCCGAUUAUCCUUUGUCGAAGACCGAUAGUCUGGCAGUUUUUCUAAAAUAUGAGAACGAUUUGAGCUGUUCACCUGGGUUGAGUGAAAAAGAACUGAAGGACAAAAGUAACAGCCUCAACAAGCAGACAGCACUAAAAAAUUCUUUUGCGGAAUUGCUGGAAAGUAAAAUUGAUAGAGGUUCUGUGUCACCACCUCCUCCAUCCGAACAAGUUUUCGCUUCGAAAAAAUACAGUUCCAUAAAACUGGAGCCUCUGAGCCAUACGUUCGUCGAACGCAAUCAAAAUCCCACAGCCGCAAAGCUUUCACAGAAUGCGGACGUAGAAAACAAUUUCAUCGAUCCGGAUCUGAUAAAUGAUUGUGAUAAUUUGUCCGUGUCUCGCAUGAUUGAAUUACCAAAAACAAAAUCGUCAUCUGACGUAGCCGAUAGCAUUGUCAAUACAAAAUCGUCAGACAGUGUGAACAGUAACAAAAUUUUGAAUCAAAGGAAUUCUUGCGAAAAGCGAACACUCAAGCGAUCCUUAAAAUUGAACAAAGAAAACUUUCUCUACGACACAUCACCAGUGUCCAAGGAUCCUCCAUCACCUUUUCCCAGCAGAGAAAAAAGUCAAGAGGUGAUUUCGCCCCCUCCUUUGCGCACUUCAGAGUCAUUCAAUAAAUUGCGCAACAAUGAGUGCAUCGAUGCGUUGUUCGAUGAUUUUGAUUUCGAUGAAUUCAUUUCAUCGUUUGAGGAUGAUGAACAGUAUCCGAUUUUCAAGGGAUACAAAGAGAUGAUGAGCAAUCGUUCGUUGAAUAAAUUAAAUAAAUCCGAUUCUAGUAGCGCCAGUUCAACAACGUCCGUUGAGAGAAGCGAACACAAUUCUGAAGAGAUGACUAGUCCCAAUGUAUGUGAUAAGGGUGAUGGCUUAACUCCACUGACCAAAAACAAAUCCUAUCCGAAAUUUGAUUAUCCUUCGCCGGAAAUGUCUCGCCAUGAUGCGACACAGAUGGUUGACAGUGAAACACAAAUGACGCAUCGAGAAAAUUAUGCCGACUCCGUUUCGAAAGCCGAAAGAGACCUGUUGCAGAGCGUUCAAGAACUGGAUGCCAUGUGCGAAUCAAACAUACCGAAAACCGUUGAUUCUGACGAGAAUUCCAGCGGCGAUCGAGCUCGACGAUCGCUUGACUCAAAAUUGGGUGGAGGUGAUUCUGCCUAUUCAAGUUUAUCAAGACAUUCCCAAUUCGAACGCAUUAGCCGCGAGCAACCGUAUCGUCAACGACAACAAGUCUUUCAAAUUCCCGAUAUUGUAACAUCGAAGCGAAGUCCAUACCAGACCACGUCCAUCGAUAAUACAAUGAAGCGUCAACUGUCCCACAGCCUCAGCUCCAGUGGCUCCGAAUCCUCUUUGCCACCAAUUGUAACCAGAAAAUCACACGAAAUGCACAACAAUAACGGCUUCAAAGAGUCAUCCAAACGAACUGAUGAAAUGCACAGCAAUAACGGCUACAGCAAGGAGACGAUCAUCCGUGUGUCGAAAUUUUGCCAUAGCUGCGGCAACCGGUUCACAUUGGAGCAGGCAAAGUUUUGCAUGGAAUGUGGGGUGAAGCGUUUAGUUUUAGAUUAGGAUGUGGCGAUGAGAAAAACCCAUUGACUGAGAGAAUUUGUCAAUCGUCAACAGCAGGAGAGAAACGACAAAGAUUAUUAUUAAUUGCAGCUGCAAUGUUUGUAGGUUUUUUAUAAGCGGAACGAAGAGGAAGGAAGGAAACAACAUUAUUUUUGUGUAUUUGUUAUAAUUUUACAAAUUAACGAACUAAUUCUGGUCAAUUGAAUUCUAGUUGUCUUAUACUGUUAUGUUACUUAAUUUCCAUUUCGCUUGUCGAGUUAAGGGGGAAAUAGCGACGUACGAUUCGGUUUUACUAUUUCGCUGAUUUUCGAAAAAAUUUGUUGUGGUUUUACUUAUUUUGUUUCUGUUUUGUUUAGUCAACCCAAUACAUCUAAAGCAAGAAAUCAAAAUUCAUUGUAAUCUUACUUAUACUUAAUACCACUACUAUGUAACUAAUUAACUGAUUGGAUUAAUUUACCAUUAAUAAUAACAUGACAAAUAAAAUU